AUGGAAUCGGGUGAAAGACAGAAGAAAAGAAUACGCGUUCCACGCCAAAAAGAUUCAAAUGGUAACCCGAUACCACACAAGCAUGUGCAUAAAUCAAAACUUUAUAAACACAAAAAUGGAGAUCUUGCUUACGGUUCUGAAAUACCUGAAUCUACAAAUGCAGUAUCAUAUUAUCCAAAUACAACUGGAGAUGUUACUAGUAUAUCUCUUACAACUCAUAAUUCAACAAAUGAUUCAAAAAGUUCGAAACAUUCACACAAAUCAAAACAAUCAUCAUCUUCCAAGAAUUCUUCAUAUACUGUCAAAUCUGGCAAGCGUGUAAUACAUUAUGAUCCAGAAUCUCCAGAAUUUAAUGGAAAACCACUUCAUAUCCUUGAUAAUUUGAGUGAUUUAUACUACGAUAGUGCAGAUGGCGAUGACUUUGCACAACUUGAGAAAGAUAAGAAGUUUAGUCCACAAAAAUCACUUAAACCUGAUAUGCGUUUCAGAGGAAGGCACUACAUGGAUACUACAACAAUGAGUGAAUCGACAAUCGAUACAGUUCCAUCUACAGCACCUACUACAUCCGAAAAUGAGAUCAAAUCUCGUUCAAUUUCUUCAUUUUCAACAUCAGAUUCAAAUAACUUCAUGAAUUCAUCCCAUAGUACACAGACUUCAGAAGGAGGUGAGUCAAAAGGCAAGUCUCGCUCCAGUAAACAUCGUGAUUCCGCGAAUUCAUCGAUGUCAUCAAAUUCAAAAUCAUUAAAUCAAUACCAGCUUGGCCAAAUGAAGCCAACCGAAGUACAAUAUUCAUUAUUCGAUGAAUACGCAUCCGGAAAAGCCAUUACUCGUAUCGAUGAUAUCAUUUUGACACAAGAAGGAGAUUCAACCAUUGAUUCUGAUUAUAUCCCAGCCAGACCACACGAGGACAACCAGCUCGAUGAUGCAGAAGAAGCCAGUGGCGUUUAUAUCGAAGCUUCUGACACUGGAUACGAUUAUAUCGGAGUUGAUCCUGAUACUGAGACAAUUCCAACAAAUGCCAUACCUGUUGAACCAACAGAUAAAGUAUAUUAUGGUACAAACAUGGAAACUGACGGUCUUGUCACUGUUGAAGAAUUUGUAUCCGCAACAAGCGGUUCUGCUGAAUUUGUUGAAGAUAUGACUGCUUCUGAUGGUCAGGUACUUGUUGAAGUUACUGAUACAUCAAAUCUUAAUAACGAUAACACGAUUGAUGUACUUAAUAAGAAAGAUUUCGAUAAAAAGUACGAAUACGCCAAAUCUGUUAGAUCAGCUGUUGUUAAUCGCAAAGACAAUAGCAGUAUCUACUCUAGCAAGGUAGGAGCUCAGUCAGUUAAGGUAAAACCAACAGAUAAUAAGAAAUUAGAAAGUAAACCAGAAGAAAAAGAGUCAGAAACAUCAUAUGAGAGUAUCUCAACACUUGAAAAGACACAUGACUCUGAAGAAUCACCAGCUCCUGUAGAAAUUCCACAGAAUAAUCAAAAUGAACAAAAAUCUAGUGUAAAAUCUCAAAAUGACAUCGAAUCUAUUGUAGAAGAAGAGGAAGAAGAAGAGGAAGAGGAUGAUUACGAAGAAAAAGAUGAAGAGGACGAAGAAGAAGAAGGUUAUGAAGAAGAUUCAGCAGAUGAUAUGUAA